AUCACUGAUCUAAUAAUUUCUGGUUUUUCUAGUGAUCAUUAUUUUUUUUUUGCUCUACUACCAGUACUUUUUGAUCAGUCCAAACAGCCGCCAUUCUCUCGUCUCAUGUAAAAUGAGAAAAAAACUUUUUUGUUUGUCCCAAAACUAAGUUUUUUUUUACUUUCGUGGUUCGUUUGUACUUUUAUUUUCUCUCCUUUACAUAGAACAUCCACAUACGCAGCACUACUUAUAGAAUAACAAAAUGGGCAGCAACGCUAAGCAGACAAAGUACAUUAUCGUCUCUGGAGGUGUGAUCUCAGGUAUCGGCAAGGGUAUCAUUGCCUCGUCCACUGGUCUCCUGCUCAAGACGCUCGGCCUGAACGUGACCUCGAUCAAGAUCGACCCCUACCUUAACAUUGACGCCGGCACCUUGAGCCCUCUGGACCACGGUGAGGUGUUCGUCUUGGACGACGGAGGUGAGGUCGACCUCGACCUGGGCAACUAUGAGCGCUACCUGAGCGUCAAGCUGACCCGCGACAACAACAUUACGACAGGCAAGAUCUACCGCGAAGUGAUUGACAAGGAGCGUCGCGGCGACUACCUGGGCAAGACCGUCCAGGUUGUCCCGCACAUUACCAAUGCGAUCCAGGACUGGGUUGAGCGCGUCGGCAAUGUUUCGACGUCCGAGGACGGCCGCGCGCCGGAUGUCUGCAUUGUGGAGCUCGGCGGCACCGUUGGUGAUAUCGAGUCCGCCCCGUUCAUUGAGGCCAUGCGGCAGUUCCAGUUCCGUGUCGGUCACGAUAACUUCUGCCUUAUCCACGUGUCCCUGGUGCCCGUGGUUGGUGCUGUUGGUGAACAGAAGACGAAGCCGACGCAGGCGUCGGUACGCGACCUCCGCGGCCUCGGCCUGUCCCCCGAUAUCCUGGCCUGCCGCUCGGCCAUCCCCUUCGAGGAGGGCAUCCGCGAGAAGCUCAGCAUGUUCUGCCAGGUUUCGCCCAAGCAGGUGUUCAGCGUGCACGAUUGCGAGAGUCUCUACCAUGUGCCCAUCCUCCUGCGCCAGCAGGGUAUCAUUGAUGUACUGACUGAGAGGCUGAAGCUCAACGAGCUUAAGCUUUCCCCUGAGGUGCGCUCCGAGGGCGAGAGCCUGUGGGUGCAGUGGAGCGAGUUUGCCCGCCGUCGUGCGCGCGACCUCGAUGUGGUCAACAUUGCUGUUGUCGGCAAGUACACCUAUCUGACUGAUUCCUACAUUUCCGUCGUCAAGGCGCUGGAGCAUGCCGGUUUGAACGUCAAUCGUAAGGUCAAGAUCAGCUGGGUUGAGGCCUCAGAUCUGGAGGAAUUAUCCAUGCACAAGGACCCCCUCAAGUACCAUGAGGCUUGGCAGCACAUGUGCGCCGCCGACGGCAUUCUUGUUCCGGGCGGUUUCGGCGAGCGAGGUGUUGAGGGCAAGGUUCUGGCCUCCAAGUGGGCGCGCGAGCACAACACCCCCUACCUCGGUAUCUGCCUUGGUAUGCAGGUUGCCGUUAUUGAUUUCGCACGCAAUGUCUGCGGCAUGACCAACGCGCACUCGACCGAGUUCCGCGAGGCCUGCGAGCACCCUGUUGUCGUUUUUAUGCCUGAGAUUGACCGCACCACUAUGGGCGGUACCAUGCGUCUGGGCUCCCGCCCGACCAAGUUCCAGGACACUGAGUUUGCGCGCAACUCCAAGGCCAAGAAGCUUUACGGCGGUGUGGAGGAGGUCCAUGAGCGCCACCGUCACAGAUACGAGGUUAACCCUGAGGUUGUCAAGGAGCUCGAGUCGAAGGGUCUCAAGUUUGUUGGCAGGGAUGCGGAGACUGGCGAGCGGAUGGAGAUCUUGGAGCUCGAGAACCACCCUUACUUUGUUGGCGCCCAGUACCACCCCGAGUACCUUACUCGUCCAUUGAACCCGUCGCCUGUUUUCUUGGGUCUUCUGUUGGCUGCGUCUGGCCAGCUUGACACUUACCUGAGCGGCGGCGAGAUUGCCAAGGAUGUUGACACCAAGCUCAAGAUGUAAUAAAUAAAAUAAUCCACUCAUACAAAAAAAAUUUUAUAUAGUUUCCUUUUCAUAUUUUUUUUAUCAACAUGGUUGACAACUUUUUUUUUUUUUAAAAAAAAAA